AUACGCUCUCGUCAAUUCGUCCGAUACAAAAUGUCUGCCAGCUUCGUCAUUUGUUUACUUUCGUUAUGAUUACUCGUUACUUUUAAGUAUAAAAAAUAUAAGUACCUAUAUAUAUAAGUAAAAAUCCCCUUUGUGGCCUUUUAUAAGUUUCUAAGUAGUGAAAAUGUCCGUCGAGGAGGAAGACACAUCCCUGAAGGAUCUAGUGACGAAGACUCUCCAAAAUAACGGAGUCCUUGGGAAAAUACAGGCACAAUUACGAGCUAGUGUUUUUUUGGCGUUAGAAGAAGAAUUCAAAGAUAAAAAUGUGCCGUUAGUCAGUCCAUCAGUAAAGCAGCUUCUUGGAACAAGAGAAGGAGCCCUGGCAGCAGCUUUGGUACAAGAUUUUCUUCAGUCUCUGAACCUUGAUUUUUCCUUAUCUGUGUUUGCUCCAGAAUCAGGACACUCAGCAUUGUGGAACUUCCCAGGGAAGGAUGCUGUGAAGAAGGAUUUGAAAUUAGAUACAAAGAAAGGUGAUGGCCCUCUUCUUCUUGAGAUUCUGAGGGAAAGAGAGUCACCAAGACUACCAAAGAAUGAAGAACCCAGGAAGCAGCCUGAGAACCAGAUGAACAGUAUACCUACGCUUAAAACUGGAAAACCAUUGAAUUCUCCUCUACCACCGUUGAAUGAUUCCAAGCCAUUACCCCAGUUAAAGAAAUUACCCCUAGAUAUAAUGGAACAAAAUGAAGCAGAAUUAAAGAAACUACCUCUAGGCACGUCAAAAACAGAUGAAGAGAUGGCAAAUGGAGAUGAUAAAGAACACAACUCGUUAGAUUCACAAAGUGGAGAAAACACUGACAGAACUAUCACAAACUCAAAAUCACUUGAAGAAGAAAAUGGUGAGAGUGAAGGGUCUCUUCGAGGUGGUGAAAAGCCCUAUGAAGAGGAUUUUUCAUCCAUGAGUGACAAAGGGGGCCACGAAGAAGAGGAGGAGGAGGAGGAAGAGGAAGAGGAGAUAGAGGAAGAUGAGGACAUUGAGGAAGAUAUUUCAGACUUAAUUAACUCGAGCAUAUCAGUUGGUUCUGAUCAUACUAAAGACCAGACGUUAUCUCAGGCGAGCGAUGUUCCUAAUUAUCAGGAGACCCUGUGACAUUCUGCAAUCAUGCAUCUCACCUCCAGAAAUCACCAUUUCCAUUCGUCCAUUGUUUAUUCCACAUGAAUGUAACAAAUAAUUAUAGAUAUGUAAGCUAUUGUAACAGUAGGAUGUAUAAUAUAGCACCUUGAGUGGGGAGAAUUAUUUCCGUAGUUAAAAGAUAUUUUUUUUACUUGUUAAGCGUCUCUGUACGAAAUUGCCUUGGAUUGAAAGCUAGACGUGCCUGAUUCCAGUUAUAUAUUGUUCUCGUUAGUAAUUAAUCAAAAUGAAUAUUACGGUUCUAGUUCUAGCAAACAAUGCUUUAUUAAUUGCAGCAGCUCUGAAAUGCAUCUCACCUUACACAGCCAAAGACUAUUAUGAAAAGUGCCUGUAGAGCUCUUAAGGUAUUUAAAGACUGUGAUCAUUGCCUAAAAAUUCAUCCUUAGUAGCUUAAGCAUCGAACAUUAUAAGUGUAAUGUGCUGGUCAGUCUCAUUACGAAUCUGUCUGCUCCUUGUGUAUGUAAUGUGUAUUACAGAUUUAUUUUUAGUAAAUUUAUCCCCAAUACAGUAUAAUGGUAGACGUUUACUUCUGUUUAGGAACCUGCUUGUUUUGUGGUUGUAAUCAUAAGUGAAUAACAAAUGUUUGCCGACAUAUUUAGCCACUAAUUGAAUUGUCUCACAAUGGAGUAAACAUUUUCAGUUUUUGUAUGGGUGAUUCUACUUGCAUUGAAAAUUACUGAAUUCUAUAGAUUUGAAUACAGUUAAUGCUGAAAACACCCUCAAAUUGUCCUGCGUUAAUGUUAUGUAUUUGCUUUUUGUAAGCCCGAAUAUAGAAUAUUUUGUAACUUUAAUAUGAAGACACGAGUCACAUUUAAUUCAUUCAUUAUGUCUUGUAUGGUCUCUCAACUUCUGUCAUACAGAGAAAGUGCAUAACAUGAUUGUUAAAAAUGUUGCUUACAAGAAAGUUAAAGUAUUUCCAUUUCAUAAUUUAACUUCUCAGAUUAGUUCCCAGUUAACUAUGGUUAUUCAAGUAAGGAAAAAUAUUCAGUAGCCUUGCUUUAAUCUUUUUAUGUUACAACUAAUCAAAUAUUUCAACUGAUUUUCCUAAGAAAUUACUGCAAAAGCUGCUUAACCAUUUUACCAGAGAUUUUGUAUUAGUGUUCAAUAGAUCUGCCUGUCUGAAUGUUUGUGUGGUGUAACAAACAUUGUUGCAUGUUAUGGUAAUACAGUUUAAUGUUUAACAAGGUGCUUGCUAUGAAACAUAUUGGAUCACAGCUGAGACAAGUCAAAUAUAUUCCAGUAGUCUUAAAUAAUAUAUAUCUGUACUUUAUCAUUACAUUACGUAUGUACAGUAAUUAUUUUGUACCCACAAAACUUAUACUUCAAAGUUUCCUUAAAGUUUUUUUUUUAACUAUAGAACGAUAAAACACUUAUCCUGUGAACAUUCAUCAAAAUAAAGCCGUCCUAGUUGUUUUUUUAAAACAUGCGGUAUGGAAAAUUA